UUUACGAGAGCUUGAUGGCCAUAAUAGUGCCUGUUCUCCUGAUUCACCUAUUUGGCAGGGAAUCAAAGUCCUCUCCAGGUGUUCAGUAGAUGUCAGCCAUCUGUGUGUACACACAAACACAUGUGGGCCAUGUAUGACAGAUAAUCUCUCUAUAAAGAGCUUUUACCUCACCUCCCAGAGCACAGAUAGUUUCACUAUGGAGGAAUAACUCAUGACAUCACUGUCAAAUAUUGACAUGAAGAAAUAUUUAGGCCUGUUGUAGGCCUAUAUCUUUUUUCUUUAAUAAACUCUGCUUAUUAACUGUAGCCUACAGUGUUUUUGCAAUUUGCCACAAAUAUUUAGUUUUAAAUUAUUUCUAUGAUGUUACUUUUUUGAGCAUGAACAUGUAGCCAUCCCGUAGCAAUCCCGUGUUUUAAAAGCAAAGUUUAUCAUAGUGAAAUACCAAAAUAACAUCAAACAAAUGAAAUAUUGUGCACACAAACAUCAUCCUCUCAUAGAAUAUAGGGCAAUCACUUUGUUCUAUGCCACUUAUUUUAUCUCGACAUUAUGACUUGUAUCAUUUUUGUUCUUGUAUGGAGCUAAAAUCGCGGUGAAAUGCAGCAUGCCCGCUCUUACGUGCAUUCUCAAUGAGGCUAGUAGUGAUAUUUGCGUAUAACAGAUGCACCGCCUUCUCCUCAUUGGACAAUGUGUACGUGAGGGCGUGGCAAGGGAAAGAUGAGAGUUGCAAAUCCAUGCCCUUACUGGGAAGACAUGGAGCGCUAUGGACACAGUCUGCUCGAAUCAAGUAGGAAUCUCAACUGAAGAUAUACAUAUUUCUUUAAAUAGGGAAGAAACCUUCUGUCAAACAGAAAAGGGUGGCCCGCCACAGAAUGGAGUGUGCUUUUGACGCACAAAACCUGAUCUCUAUUUCGUUGAGAAAAAUACAGAGCUCCAGGACGCAGAGAGGAGGCAUCAAGCUCCACAAGAACUUACUGGUAACGUACGUACUGAGAAACGCCAGGCAGUUUUAUAUGAGUAAAAACUUGUCGCAGACACAGAGGACGCAGCAGUACGAGGACGUGGCCGCAGUGCGAGAACGGCAAGAAUACCUUGAAAUUUCCGGGAGCUUUAAGGAGUUGGCUGAUGACUUCUACUGCAACUUUACUGGUGUUGAGUCGGGCACUUGGCACUGCGGAGCGCACCAGUCCAACGAUCAGUCUGCAGAGGUGGCGCACCAAGACGCAUCAGCCUGCGUAAUGGUUUCACAAAGUGACUCUGACCUCAUGGUUGCUGAAGCCUGUUGGAGUUGUGUAGAGAAAUCCGCGUGGGAGUUACCUGUCCCAAACACAACCAACCAAAAGACUGUCCUGGAUCUGGACACGCAUGUGGUGACUACUGUCACCAAUGGAUACUUCCACUCAGACUGUUGCGCGCAGCCAAAACAGCCGCAGGGCGCGCACUACUACGCAAAGAAGCGAAGGAUAGACACAAGUUAUUAUAUUGUUGACCCAGAGUUUUAUUUGCCAGAUUUGGGGCCAGUGCCAUUCAAAAGAAUGAGGACUGAUGAGGACUCGAGUGGGGACUCUGAUCAACUGGACUCCUCAAACAUUUCCAACCUGAUUACAGUGUUGGGUUCUGGUGGACUCUCUGAGUUUGUGAGUUGGCAGAACACGGACCUUGAGCAAAUAAUUGCCACUCAAACUAUUUGUUUAAAACAGACUUUGUUGACAGGUAGUGGUUGGACGAGAGCAAUUGAAGCAUUUUGAUAUGUAUAUAUUAUUUUCGUUGUAUCAUUUAUUUUAAUGCUUUUAAAUAAAUAAUGACACGUGCAAGCU